UAAAACAUUUUUUUAAAUCUCUAUAGAAUAAGAGUAUAAUAUUUUUCUAUGCGUAAACAUAGUUUUACUUUUAUUCAUGGAGGAUAAUACUAUGUGUGUUUUUAUUCGAGAAAAUAUACCACUUAAUGAUUUUAAAAGGUUUCUAUUACCUCCGAAAAAUGUUCAGUGCCAAUACUCAAGCAUAUAUCUCACAAGAUUAAAUGCAUUAAGAGAUAAUGUAAUACUAAAGGCAAAAAUAAAAUGGGCUACACACAAAAUAAUAAAUAUCUCAGAUCUUGUUGAAUUUGAAGAAAAUAAACUCUGUGUAAUCACAGGAACUCUUUAUAAGCAUGAAGAACUGAAAAGAUCUGCUUUACAAAUGCUUGCAACAGAAUUACAAGUUUGUCCACAACCAUUGCAAUCUAAUUAUGAAUCAUUUAAGGAUAUCUUAUUUUUGGAAGAUGAAGCAUUAAGAAUCAAACUAACUGGUAAUCAUAUGAAUGUACAAAGUAUUGUAACUGGUAUUGUUUCCGCAUUGCUUGGUCGUCGACAAAAGAACGGAACAUUUUGGGUAUUGCAAGUAGAGGAUUGGUGUUUUCCAGGAUAUUUUCCAACACCUCCUACAUCUUCUAUAUCAUUACAAAAAAAUACAAUGACAUUAUUAGUUUCCGGAUUAUCUUUGGCAAAUAAUGUAGACCCAUUUGGAUUGACUCUCUUAUCCGAAUGGAUUAUAGGAAUGGCUGGAACUUCGUGUAUACAAAAAGAAGCUGCACGUAUUGCACAUGUUAUUAUAGCUGGAAAUAGCAUAAGAGGUUUCAUCGAAAAAUUUAAUCAUAUAAGUUAUUCUAAGCAAAAAAAGUAUAAUGAAAUAUUAACUAAGGAAACUAAGGUGGCCACUCAUAGACUUGAUGAAUUUCUUAAACCUAUCGUAAAAUGUUGUUGUGUAACAUUAAUGCCUGGUGAAUUCGAUCCUACAUGUCAUAUGUUGCCUCAACAACCAUUACAUCCUUGUUUGUUACCCCAAACAAUAAGAUAUAAGAGUUUUCAUUGCGCUACUAAUCCUUGGGUUGGUUCUAUCGGAUCUCGUAUUAUAGCUGGAUCUAGUGGACAACCGAUUCAAGAUAUUAUGAAAGUUGAUAAUAUUCUAAACAAUACUCCUUUAGAAUGGUUAGAGAAUACAUUAUAUUGGCGACAUUACGCACCUACAGGCUCUAAUUCAUUACCGUCUUAUCCAUAUUUUCAAAAUGAUCCCUUCAUUAUAAAAGAAUGCUUAGACAUAUACUUUGUUGGUAAUAUGGAGAAAUAUGAAACAAAAGUAAUAUGUGAUGAAGGACACGUAGUGAGAUUAGUCUGUAUUCCAAAUUUUUCAAAAACUCGAACAGCUGUUCUCCUUGAUUUGGAAAAUCUAGAAACAUUUCCUAUUUCAUUUGAAGCUAACUUAUGACAUUGAUCAUAUUUUUUAAAAUCUUCCGAGUCCUUUUUUUAUAUAUGUAUUUGAUACAUAUAACAAUAAGAAAUUAUAUACGUAUAUAAUACGAAAGUAUAUACGUGUGUAAAACUAGACUAAUCGGUGCUGUGCUUUUUCAAAUUUUCAAAUGUUUGCAAGGCUGUAAAUCGUAAGAUUGGAUUAGUACAAUAACAAGUAAAGUGUAUGAGUCUAUUUGCAUAUAUGCAUAAGAUAUCAAUACUCUCUUUCGAAUUCUUUCUAUUAAACUUGUCUAUGUUAUAAGAAGAAGAGAUAGAAUAAUCUUGAUGAAUUCAAGAGAAUAAAAAAGUCUGAUAAUAAAUAAUGCAAAGUAUACUAUUCUUUUUAAAUAAGAGAUUGUUAAAGUAGAAGUGCCAUUGAUAAGUACUAUGGAAAGAAUGUCUUACUUUCACAAGAAUAAAGGAGAAGAAAAAAAUAUUAACAGAAAA